UUCCCACCCCUUGUUCGGUCGGGGUAACCAAGCACGCGAAACCAAACACGGGGAAUCAAAUACCCUUCUCCUUUGCUCGGCUCACACUUCAUUCACUCCAUCACUUCGACAAAAAGAAAACCCUCUUUAUUCUCUCUCUCUCUCUCUCUCUCUCUCUCAUCGAUUCUACCAGAACAUCUACUAUACGUAUUACGUAUCGACGCUAGAACAACUGACAGAGGAGAGAGACGGUUAUAUAUAUUCAUAUUUAUAGAGAGAGAAACAGAUGGAGAUGGUUAGGAUAAUUCCCAUGGCGUCAUCCAUCCGACCGUCUUUCUCUUCCUUCAGGUCUUGCGUUUCUCGAUUCGGCGUCUCUCUCUCCUCCUGUAAUUCCUCUCGCCGGCCCAGUUUCCUUCAUCUCGGCAGUGCGGUUCAACAAUCACAGCUUUUCAGCUUAAAAGCUUCGAAGUUGUUUAGAGUGGAGGGAAGUAACAUGGCAGUUCGUGCAGGUGGAAAUAUGGCACAAGCCAGCACUUCUAUUACCCAGGAAGAGGCCCUAGAGUGGGUCAAAAAGGACAAUAGAAGAAUGCUCCAUGUUGUUUAUCGGGUUGGGGAUUUGGAGAGGACAAUUAAAUUCUACACUGAAUGCUUGGGGAUGAAGCUGUUGCGAAAACGUGAUAUACCGGAGGAGAGAUACACAAAUGCCUUUCUUGGAUAUGGGCCAGAAGAUUCCCACUUUGUUAUAGAACUCACAUACAAUUAUGGAGUUGACAAGUAUGAUAUUGGAACUGGUUUUGGCCAUUUUGGUAUUGCAGUUGAAGAUGUUGCGAAAACUGUGGAUCUCAUAAAGGCCAAGGGUGGGAAAGUUACCAGGGAACCUGGUCCUGUCAAAGGUGGCAGCACAGUGAUUGCAUUCAUUGAAGAUCCUGAUGGUUAUAAGUUUGAACUGCUUGAGAGGGGUCCUACACCUGAGCCCCUCUGCCAAGUGAUGCUUCGAGUUGGUGAUCUUGAUCGUUCUAUAAAUUUCUAUGAGAAGGCAUUUGGAAUGGAGCUUCUACGGAAACGAGAUAACCCGGAGUACAAGUAUACAAUAGCAAUGAUGGGCUAUGGACCUGAGGAUAAAAGUGUUGUGCUGGAAUUGACAUACAACUAUGGAGUCACUCAAUAUGACAAAGGAAAUGCCUAUGCUCAGAUAGCAAUAGGGACAGAUGAUGUAUACAAAACUGCAGAGGUGAUUAAAAUGAGUGAAGGGAAGCUUACCCGAGAACCUGGGCCAUUACCUGGUAUCAACACCAAGAUUACUGCGUGCUUGGAUCCUGAUGGUUGGAAGACGGUUUUUGUCGAUAAUAUUGAUUUCCUCAAGGAGCUGGAGUUACUUUGAGGAAUUGUAUGGUACCAGCCUUGCAACAGUGGCCCUUUGCUGGGACAAGUUGGCAGUUUGCCAAAUUAAAGCGUCAACACUUGUGAAAUCUACUCCUCCAAUUACGCUGUCUGAAAAUGUAUUAAAUCUUGUUUUGUAGAUGAAAUUGCUCUGUCCAAAAGUAACCAGCAUUACUGGAUGACUAUAGUGUAGAAAAGUUGGGAUGAUGAUGUUUUGUGGUUGGUGUAUUUAGGAGUAUUUGCUGUUUUUCCCCCCCUUGCUUCAUCAGUUUCAUUGGAAACAAUUUUGGUUGGUAAUAGCAAUGGGAAAGAAAAGAAAGGUUGAAGUGGC